AUGGAGAAUAGCAAGUCUAUGAAUUUUAGCAGCCUGACCCACUCCCAUAUCACCAAACUUAAGGAUGCAUUUCAAACUAUAGACGAGGAUGGUGACGGCGUGAUAUCUCAACAAGAUCUGAACAAAAUAUUGUGUAGUCUCGGUAAACAAUUGCCUGACUCUCAAUUGCAAGCUAUGUUACAAGGUCCAAAUUGUGGAAGUGAAGACGGUGUAACAUUUCCUCGUUUCUUGUCUCUGAUGAGUGCCACGUUAGGUGAUCUUCCAGAAGAGAGCGAGAUUGCAAAAUGUCUCAAGACCUUAUCUGAUAAAGGGGACUUGCAGCUACCAUUAGUAGAGCUCAUAGCACGAUUAAAGGAAGCUGGCUUUCAAAACCCAGAAAAAGAUUUUGCAAGAAUACUGAGUGAAUUCAGCACAGAGAACCAUAUUAAUAACGAAAAAGUCUUCAAAGGUGAUCAGUUUUUGAAUACAUUUUCUGAAUAA